UGUGUGUUAUCUCGCAGCCUGGUUCUGGUUCAGUUUUCGUUUUCCGUUAGUGCAGCAUUUAUCCUCGACGACGUUGGUUGGCCUCGCCUUCGCCCUCAGCCAUUGUCACUGUCGCUGUCGCAGUCGCCGUCGAAUUCGAAGUCGCAGUCGUUUGUCGCCUUGUCGCUAGUGUUGUUAUUUAUUUGUGUGUGCAUUUUUUUUUUGUUUUUUGCUGCUUCUGCUGCUCUGCUCUGCUCUCGUUGUGUGUGCACGUUUUAUUUAUUGUUGUCGUGUGUUGUUUGUUUGUGUUUUUGUUAUGGUGCCAGUGCCAACUUACCUGAUAUAAAAAAACAACACACACACACACACACACACAGAAAAAAAAAACAAACUCAAACAAGGUGCGCAGACCUGGAGUCAGGGCCACGGCACAUGUUGUUAGUUAAACCAGCGCCCCAGAACGCUUGCCUCACAUCCCCCAGCCCCUUCAAGAAGCCCGGGACACUAACCAAUAAGUAAACCCCAAAAGGCAGCAGCAACAACAGGAGCAACAACAACAACAUUAACAACAACAGCUACAACAAGACGCAAAGUAAAUUCAAAACGAAACUAAACGACACAGACGAAAGUCCACAGUUCACCGCAAUAGUUACAGUUACUCUCACGCCGCGUGGUUUCAAUCGCAGCAUGCUUUCAGCUGAGGCACAGUUAUUGCUGUUGUUCGUGUUGUUGUUGGCGCAGCCAAAGCUCUGAGCAAUCGCCAAAUCACAAACACAAAACGGCAAACAGUAACAACAACAAUAACAGGAAGCAGGAGAAGAAGAACAAAACAAAUAGAAAUACACAAAACGCGCUGCGUCCGUUGCUUCACUAAAUGCAGUCGACGUCAAUGUUGACGUCGCUGUCGUCACAGUCGUCGCGUAUUAUGGGCCUAACCAAACAGCAACAACAACAACAGCAGCAGCAGCAACAACAACGCCAACUUCAACAGCACUUGAUACAAAAAUAAACAAACAAAAUCAAUCAAUUAAUCAAUCUGUGAACGCCCCAGGCGUACGCCCUCGCUCUUGUAUACCCACGCCCACGCCCACGUCGACGCCCACGCCCACGCUCGCUUUAAACUGCAACUGCAACAGCAACAACAACAAAAACAACAACAUCAAUAACAAGAGGAAGGACAAAUAUAGCAACAGCAACAACAAUGUUCCAGUCAAUUGCAUUAGUGCUCGUCCUGGUUGCCGCCCAGUCUGUGGCCCAGGCUCCGAAGAAUGCGAAUAGAAACGCUGCCGCUGCCUCUGGCUCUGGCGCGCCUGCUGUCCAGCUGCAGGCAACGGAGACACAAGCGGCGACAGCAGCAGCAGCAGCGGCGGCGGCAGCAGCAGCGACGCCAUUCAGCAGCAAACAGCUCACCAGAUGCCGCCAAAGCUGCUAUCAGCAGUUUGCGAGGGAUUGGAAUUAUUGCACGGAUUUCGUUGAUUGCAGAAGCUGUUGGCAAAACUGCCACAGGCAAUUGGCGCCCUUUGAGCUGCGCGUCCACCAUGCCCAACGACAGGGUGCCCUGGUGCUGACCGACAUCGGAUGGGACGAGAUGAUUGCGAACGCAUCGCGUCAAUGCCUGAUCACCUGGGAGGUAUCUGGCGGCGGUCUCAUGGGCAACCUGCUCACAGACACAGCACGCGCCGAGCUGUCACUCUGGCCGGAUACAGUGUACAACAUACAGGUGACCUGCAAGCAUAAGCUAACGGGUCUGAUGCGGCGUUCACUGAAGCUCAAUGUGGACACACAUCGGCUGCUGUCAGCGGCAGCGGCAGCGGCAGCCAAUCGUUGGACAAAUCCCAGCCUGUUGCCCCUAAAUGUGGAUAUGCUGCCAGCGGCAACAACAACAACAACGGCAGCAAAUGCAAUAGCCACAGCAACGGCACCAACAGCAACAGCAACUACAAAAACAGCAGCAACAGCAACAACAAUUUUGCAGCGCACUCGACCCACAGACCGUGUGUACAUCAUCAGUGCAUUGCCAACGGCCAGCCAGCUGAGCGGCGUUGUGUAUCCGGCCUUUGGUGCGUUGGCUUUCUUCCUGGCAUUGCUCGUUAUGUUCCUGUUUCUGCGUCCGCAACGCAAGCGGACCUCUGAUGGGGAUGCGGACACCGCAUCUCUCCUAAGCGGACGUCGCUCGCGGCUCUCCAUGGACAACUCAACGCUGCAUGUGUAGGCGCUUAAAAGGCGAACCGAGUUAAAUGACAAAAUAACAGCAAUAUCAGCAGCAGCAGCAACAACAACAACAACAACAAAAAGAGAGAGAACUUGUAGUCGUUUAUGUCUGACUAUGUGAUAUUCUGCACCCAAAUUGUACAUAACAUAGAUACACACAAAUACACACACACACAUACACACAAUACAGACACAUUCACACACACACGCAUACACACACCUACUAUAUAUGUAGCCUACAUAUACUAUACUAUGCAUACUAUACAUAAACGUGCGUAUUAAAACAUAUAUAGUUAUCAAAUCAAAUAUCUCACAUGAAGUCCAAAAAA